AUGCAUGGUAAGCUUGGCCCUGAGCUGUUCGAGCUUUUCUACACAUCCAGCUCAAAAAUAUGUCACGUGUUUCUAUGUCAACCAAACCUUUGCAAGGUGCACCUAAAAGAUCUUUUUUAA